AUGCUGUUCUCGAUGUUUUCCCAGUCCCUCACUUUAUGCUUCAUUGCCCUCGUGUUCUCAUCGCCAGUGUUAGGUGAUGCCAACAAAUUUAACGCCCUAUGCUCCAAGACAACGGACUUGCGUGCCCGUAUCGAUGAUGCGAGAACUGCUAUUGAUGGAUUUGACGGUGGUAUGACCCAGGUUAUCCCCAUUGCCAGGUCACUCUACGGGCUCGAGGUAGCCCGACGUGCGAUGAUGGACCACGCCAAUCAGUUCGACACCCUCGAGGAGGAUGAAGCGUCCCAGUUCAUGGAGCAUGGGCAGGGUCUCCAUGACUCGGCUCACAAGGCCCUUGAGUCUGCUUCUUCUAAGGCCGAAAUUGUGAAAUCCCUCGGAUUUCAUCCACUCGUUGGAGGCAUGGUGCAUGGAUUCGCCUCCUAUGUGGGAGAUUUCCAACAGCUUGCAAAGAACAAGUUCCCCAAGGAUAAUAACACCAUGUUUGACUCUAUGCUCGAAAGAGUUUCGACACAAUUCAGCAGAACUAAGGCUGCGUUUCAGUGA